GACGUCAGACCCGCUUACUGCUUAGUAUCAACUCUCAUUCUAGCACGUGCUCUUUUUUUGUCGAUGUAAUUGUUGUUUUCAUAAUUUAAUUUUAAGCUUUGUUUUUUGUCCUAUUCCAUUGAUCAUGGAAUCUCAUAUUAACUUUCAUCAAAUGAGUAUAGACGAUCGUAUACUUAAAGCAAUUGCGAAUCAGGGUUGGACAGAACCCACAUUAGUUCAAGAACGUGGUAUUCCGCUCCUGUUGGAAGGCAAAGAUAUGUUGGUGAGGGCAAGAACUGGAUCUGGAAAAACAGCAGCAUUUGUUAUACCUGUAAUACAAAAAAUAUUAGAGUACAAAGAUAUAAAUCCUGAUGACUAUUGUACACAAGCAUUAAUAUUAGCUCCAAGUAAAGAACUAUGUAACCAGAUUUUUAAGAAUAUACUUCAGUUAACCAUAAAAUGUUCAAGAGUUGUUAAAUGUGUUGAUAUAUCUGAUCAAAUUGAUAUGAAAGAACAACAGCCUUUAUUAAAUAUAGCACCUGAUAUUAUUGUUGCUACACCAGCCAGAGCAUUGCUUCAUUUACAAGCAAAAAACUUCACUCUUAAAAAACUUCAAACACUGGUGGUUGAUGAAGCCGAUUUGGUAUUUUCAUUUGGCUUUGAAGAGGAAAUUAAAGAAGUUAUAAAAUUUUUACCAAAAACUUAUCAAGCUGUUUUGGCUAGUGCAACAUUGUCAGAAGAUGUUUUAGAAUUAAAAAAGUUGCUUCUACGAAAUGCUGUCAUAUUAAAACUGCAAGAACCUGAUUUGGCUCCAUUAUCACAAUUAACUCAUUACAAGUUAAAUGCUGAAGAAGAAGAUAAAGCAGUAAUUUUAUACUGUUGUUUUAAGUUAAAACUUGUAAAAGGAAAAACUAUAGUAUUUGUUAAUUCUGUAGAUAAAUGCUACAAGUUAAAAUUAUUUUUGGAACAAUUUGGUAUUCAUACUUGUGUAUUAAAUUCUGAACUUCCGGCUAGUUGUCGAUGUCAUACAAUUAAUCAAUUUAAUGAUAAUAUAUAUGACAUAAUAAUAGCAUCAGAUGAAAAAUUUUUAGAUGAAGAACAUGAAAUAACUUCAACUAAGACUAGUAAACGGAAACAUGAUAAAGAAUUUAGUAUAGCAAGAGGAAUAGAUUUUCAAUUUGUGUCAAUUGUUAUUAACUUUGAUUUUCCUCAAGAUAUUUAUUCUUACAUACACAGAGUUGGCCGUACAGCAAGAGGAAAAAAUAAAGGCACAGCCAUAUCCUUUUUAAAUAUAAAAGAACAACAUUUAUUAAAAGAUGUGGAAGAUUACAUAAAACAAGGUAUUUCAGAACAAAAUGACAUAUUUCAAGAAUUUAACUUUAAACUAGAAGAAGUUGAAGGAUUUAGAUACCGAGCUAAAGAUGCUUGGCGAGCUGUUACUAAAAUUGCUGUCCGAGAAGCUCGACUAAAAGAAAUAAAAUUUGAAAUGUUAAAUUCAAAAAAAUUAAAACGAUAUUUUCAAGAAAAUCCUCGUGAUUUACUGUCUUUGAGACAUGACAAAGCUUUACAUACAGUGAAACUACAAGAUCAUAUGGCAGAUGUCCCUGAUUAUAUGGUACCUACUUCCUUAAAAGAAUAUAUAAAAGACCAAGAAGAAGAAGACAAAGGUACUAAAAAGAAAGAUAAAGCGUAUUAUAAGAAAAAACAAGUUGGAUAUAAAAAAUAUCAUGCGAAAAAAGCUAAUCCUCUUGUGGGGAUGGAAUACACUGGAUUGAAGAAAACAUAAACAAUUUGUAUUAUUUAUUUAAUGUUGUCUUUCUCUUAUGUGGUUUUAAUUACUUUAAAGCUUUGUUC